ACAGGUAAGAAUCAGGUGUGCCUUGGUGUUAGUCAAGCAGAUUUUAUAGAGUGUGACAGUUGAAAUCCUAAGAGCUGAGAGGGUCAGCUUCUAAGAGUGGAUAGUUCUUUUCUGUUCUACAUCUUUGUUUUUCAUUGGCAACUAUCACAAUUCACUGACAGCAGCUCCAAUGUCGGUAACCAGUGAGUUUAGUAGCAUACUGAACAAUGCCAAUUGGACCAUGUACCGGAUCGGGUCUGAGGAUCCACUGCCGAUCCUGCCUGCCGAUCUCAUCUCAAGGGAGCCCGAGCUAUCGAUGAGCAAUGAUUCGUUUUCCACCAAUGCCUCAGGAACUCUCAGGUGGUACCAGCUCUCCCCUCAGCACUGGACAAAGCAGCACGUCUUGGAGUGGAUCAGUUAUUAUGUAGAGGAGAACCAGUUUGACGCCAGCUCACUGAACAUGAGCUGCUGCUCCAUGGACGGGUCCACGCUGUGUCAGCUCUCUUACGACAUGCUCUUGGCCUUGUUUGGCUCCCUGGGACACAGGCUGUACCAAAGCUUGCAGGAGCUCAAAGCUAAACCUGGUACCGAUGACUUGAACUUGACCUUGGACCUUCUUGGUGAGCUCUGGGAGGACAUCCCAGAUCUUGUGAACUCCCAAAGUGGAGAAGACUACAGUCUUCUGAGAACCGUUGUGGUGAAUGACGCCCAUGAAGGGGGUGACUUCAAUAGCUGCCAGGAUAGGCUGAGAACGACAGGAGGGAUGACCCCUCAGAGUGACAAUGGUUAUGAGUCUGGGUCUACCUCCCUGGACAGCUCUUUUCCAAGAGGAACCCUUUUGAUACCAAGCUCUCCCGAAUCUGGUGGAUCUGAUUCUGACCCAGAGUUCCACGAUGCACAGUUUUCCCUCCCUACCGUGGAUCAAAUCAAGGAUGAGAAGGAAGAGACAAAGACUUACAAGCGAGGCAGGGGAAGACCCAGGAAAAUCAGCCAUGGAUCUGGACACUUUUAUGAGACGGCAAAAGGCAAGCACUCACCACGAGGAACUCACCUCUGGGAAUUUAUCCGUGACAUCCUGAUUCAACCGGAGCUGAACCACGGGCUGAUGAAAUGGGAGGACCGGCAAGAGGGUGUCUUCAAGUUCCUCAAAUCCGAAGCCGUUGCCCAGCUCUGGGGCCAGAAGAAGAGAAACAGCAGCAUGACGUACGAGAAGCUCAGCCGUGCAAUGAGGUACUAUUACAAGCGGGGGAUAUUGGACCGAGUGGAUGGGAGACGCCUGGUCUAUAAGUUUGGAAAGAACUCAAGUGGAUGGAAGCUGGAGGAUGCAAGGCCAGGGUUGUGAUGGGGCAUUGUUGGAGAGAAGUAGUGUUAAUUCUGUCUGCCCCCAGUAAAGGUGUGGGGUGUAAGAUACGUGCCCAUAAACCUGGGAUGGUGAAACCUCCUGCCAGUUCAAAAACUUAUCUGCUUUCUCCUUCUGUGUGGAGGGAGGUGUUGCAAAAAGAUGUAUGCCAAUGUUUUGGCUAAAGUAGGUUGUAUGAACCAAUAAUGACACAGUAUCUGCACAUUGUUGUUCUUUUAUUAUUAUUAUUGUUGUUAUUAUUAUUAUUAUUGUUUUUUGUUAUUAUUAUUUAUCAUCAUUAUUUUGUUGUCAUUUUUCCCAUAAAGUCUUAAAGAGGUUGACAGCAUUAGUUUUGUCUGUGCUGUGCAGUGAAGCGAGCUGAUCCACAAUCUGCGAUUGAUCCGUUUCACCUGCUUCCGUCCCAGAACAUAAGGCACAUCACUCACCUCAGUCCAGGUUUUCCCUGGUUAUAAAUGAGUCCUGGCAAAGAGCAGGGCAGCGAAGGAGGGAUACAUGCUGCAAAACCGGAGUUAGAUCCUUUGGUGAUAUGAAGUCAGAAGCUGCAUGCUGGACGAAUGUUUUAAAGACCUCCCUUAAUCAGCUGCUUUGUGUUUGCUCAAUAUUCAGCUUGUCAGUGGUUUUACCGCACACUGCUCUGUGAAUGCGUAAAUGUGUGGUCUUUAUUACAUACGUGCGUGCAAUAAAUCCUUUGUAUAGCUCUUGUUUUCUAAUAAAAAGUUCUUAAGAAAAACAAAAGAGAGAACAGC